UUGAUUGGAUGCUUGUUCUGACGGCUUAGGCUGAAAGGACUAUAUGAAGUUUUUCCCGCUUCUGCUGCAUUCCCUUGGUUUGAUCCAGCUUCUGACAUUCGAUGUCCCCAUGAGCUUUAAAAACGAACACAACAAGAUGAGCGCUAAAAACGAACACAACAAGACAAAUGCCACCAUUCAGAACAAUUUCAGAGCACCCAUGGCCAGUCUGGAGUGUCUGGACGAAAGCACUGUGUACAGCGAAAGUCCGAUGCCUACUCGUCCUCCGAGUCGACAGACUUCCGUUCACUGGACAACAGGAAUGCGUUACAGAAACCUUGGAAAGUCGGGUCUGAAAAUAUCGAGCAUCGGAUUAGGCACAUGGGUGAAUUUUGGAACACAGCUUUCUGAGGAGACAGCCGAAGAAAUCCUGACUGCUGCUUACGACAGCGGCAUCAAUGUUUUUGACACCGCUGAUGGAAAGGCAGAAGUGAUGCUUGGAAAAAUUUUGAGGAAAAAAGAGUGGAGGCGAUCUAGUUAUAUCAUCGUUACAAAAGUGUUUUGGACGGGAAGAUCAGAUGUUGAGAAAGGACUUUCAAGAAAACAAAUAAUCGAAGGGCUUCACGCUUCCUUAGAAAGGUUGGAGUUGAACUACGUGGACAUUCUUCUGGUGAAUAAAGCUGACCCCAUGUGUCCAAUGGAAGAAAUUGUCCGAGCCUGUACGUACUGUAUCCAACAAGGAAUGACGUUGUACUGGGGGACAUCUCGGUGGAAAACGAUGGAAGUGAUGGAAGCCUACACUGUUGCACGCCAGUUUAAUCAGAUUCCUCCUGUUGUAGAAGAGACAGAGUACCAUAUGUUCCAAAGAGAUAAGGUGGAGCUUUGUCAUCCAGAGCUUUUCCACAAAAUAGGUUGGUACAUCACUAGGUUAAUUCAGUCCUAUUCAGUUGAACACGUGGUUGAUAACUAUUCAGGAAUCACUGACAAAUCAGCAUCAGAUGACAAUCCCAGUCCACGACAUAAAGCUAAAAUCCAUCAGCUCUUCCUCUUGGCGGAGAAAUUAGGCUGUACGUUAACUCAGUUGUAUAUGGCGUGGUGCCUUAAAAAUGACUGUGUCCAUUGUGUGCUCGUUGGAGCUUCGACAGUGGAGCAGCUUCUUGACCAUCUUCACGCCUUGCAGGUGGUGCCUCAACUGGACACAAAUGUUGUCAAAGAGAUUGAGAAGAUUCUCAUGAAUAAGCCAGUGAGGCCGCAAGUGACCAGGUGACUAGUAGUGCCUAGGGAUCCCUCUGGUGUUAGGGAACCCAGGCAAAACUUAUUGGAGAACACUCAGAAUGGAAGGGAAGGAGGAGAGAGAGAAAGGAGUAACUCUGUGGAUGCUCCACAAAUCCAUCGUCUGGGAGGUCAUUGGAUUUUAAAUAGAGUUCUAAAUGCCUGCUCCACCCAAUAAUCCAGUGCAGUACUUUAUCAUAAAAUGCAACAAAUUUAGCUGAUUUGAUUGAACAAAUUUAAAUGUGAUUCUUCGAUGAUGACGACAAUAUUAUAUGUCAAGAUCGUUUCUCGUGUUUUGUAAACUUUUGCCUAUUCCAAGAAUAGAGAAAUGUCUCCCACAGAAACAAAAGUAAAUAGGGCGAAAUGUUAAACC